ACACAUUUCAUAUAAUGGCGGCCUUUCUACUUCCGUAGUUAAGAAAGUCGUUUGUAUCUUGAUUUCUGUUUUUCAAGCGCUAAUUGCAUCCUGCUAAUUAAACAAUAAAUAUAGCCCAUCCACAAAAGUUGAAAACAUGCGACCGAGAAUCCACGUCAAGCUUGUUGCCGUUCACAUGAAGUAUUUGGAAGAACAGCUUGGAGUUAUCGAACCUGUCAUUGACGCUGUGAAAAGUGCUGUUGGUAAAAGUAAGAGCUGGAUAGACGACACAAGUGACGAGCCGUCCAUCUCCUACUGUGAGCUCUACCAGGAACUUGAAGCAGCGACCUCGGCUAUAAUGAACGCAGCUGCUCAAAUUAUAAGCGAACCUAAAGACGACGUAGAUGUCGACGAUGGAAUUUCUUCAUCAUCUUCGUCAACCACACCAACGACAGCAACACUCGACCGUGGGGAUUCAACACAUCAAGUCAAACUGGACCGUGGGGAUACAACCUAUCAAGUCACUAAACAAGUUCAACAAACAGCUGAAAUAUUGACGCGACUUGCACGUGUAGAGAGAACGUUAUCUUCCCUUCAAGACAGCCGAGAGAAGACAACCGACCCCAUAGAACGUCUGGAACAACACAUUCGCGAGCAAGAUGAGAUUCUCAAGCAACUGAACAAGGAACUUGAAAGUCUGAAAGACGUCAAGCCCAGCGUAGCUCUGCAGAAGAUGACUCUAGAUGUGAAAGAAUUUGAAAACAACUUGCACAAGAUUAAUUGUGAGAUGAAAGUCUUCUCAGAUCAAAUAUAUAACACAACCCAAGAUGUAAAAAAUAAUUUUCACUUGAUCAAUGCUUUAAAGGACGGUGUACAGCAAAAUAUGGCAAUCACAACUUGCAAGUUUAAUGACGUAUUUGCCAAGCUUGAGACCCAAGCCAACGAUAGCCUGAGGCUUUCAGCAGCUCUCACUAGGAACGAGGUAACAGAGUAUAAACCUUACAUCUGUCAAAUCCAUCUGGACAACAACACACCUGUAUCCACUGGAUCCAUAAUCUCCACAUUCUACAACAUCUGGGAACCUGACGGCAGCCAUUUUAACAGAACCACAGGGAAACUUGUGGCACCGGAAGAUGGGUUUUAUCUGGUGCUGGCCACACUGGAGGCGAUCGAUAACAAAAUUAUCCGGGUGAGUGUGUUGAAAGGAGAUGUGUUACAGAAAGAUGUGUUCGUCAACUGUGCCAACACGUCCGCUUGUGGCUCUACGCUGAUCGACAUGAAGAAAGGGGACGAACUCAGCUUUAAGGUGACGCAGGCCGAUCAAGGUGCUAUGUUGAGUGGGCCAAGUGGCUUUACAAUUGUUAAACUGUAAGGAAACCAAUGCUAUUGACGGUUUACAAUUGUUAAACUGUAACCAAACCAACGCUAUUGGCUGGUUACAAUUGUUAAAUUUAACUAAAGUCAAAUGUAGUGGUUGGUUACAAUUGUUAAAUUUCACCAAAAUCUAUUGUAAUGACGGUUUACAAUUGUUAAACUUUAACAAAAUGAAUGCUGUUGACAGUUUACAACUGUUCUUCUCUAGAGAAACAAUUUAUUUUAUUAUUUCCAGCACAAACAUUUUGAAGCACGAAUGUCUAAUAUGUAGCUUUAUAUUAUUUGAGAGUUUUUAAAUGAAGUUUAUUUCAUGAUAUUUCUUUUUAUAAACUCUAUUACUU